AUGGCCAAGGAGGGGAAAGGACAUGAACAACUAGGGCUUCAUUGCCACACAAUUCAAAGGAUGAACCCUCUGCGAUUUCUGCUGCAGUUGUGUGACAGAGUGGCCAUCUGUAAAUGGGACAGGGUGCUGCAGAAAACACAUCAAGAGCAGCACUCAGCAUUCCUGCGGACCCAUAAAACUACAGGCCAGAGUCCUCAAGGCAUCCGCUUGGCCACCAAGGCCUGGCGCUUCUCCGGGUCUUGCCGCACUGUGCAACUGUGGCUGGUUGGAGAGCGCAGGGAGACAGAGCUGGAGCUGAGGCUGCACCUGCGGCCUCCUCAGGGACAGGAAGAGGAAUUUGACCUUGAAUCCCUCCAGAACUUGGGGUCAUUGCAGUUCGUGAAGCUGCACAAAGAGCAUGUACUAAUGGAUGAUAUGUGGUUCUGCAACCGAAUCACAGUGCCGGGCCCCAGAGCCUGCGCAGAGGUGGCCUUCCCAUGCUACCGCUGGGUUAAGGGCCAGGGCAUGGUGAGCCUGAGGGCACGGGUGAGAGGAGACAAUGCCUUGGAUAUCUUCCAGAAAUAUAGAGAAGAAACUGGAGGAAAGAGGUCCCCAUCUUUUAGCUGUGUCAUCUGGAAGGAAGUGUUGCCACUGUCCAUAGCUGCAGACUGUAAGAAUGACUUACCCCUAAAUAUGAGAUUCCACAAAGAGAAGAAGCAGGACAUUGAAUGGGCCAUCAGGGUAAGCCAUGAAAUUCACGGACAUGAGCUUUACUUGGCUGCCCGCCUUGUUAUGCUGAAGAUGGACAGCAAAGGGAAGCUACAUCUCAUGGUCAUCCAGAGAGCUCAGCUAACGUCUCUGGAUAGGUAUGUGGGGGGCAUCGUCCAUCCCUUCUACCAGAGGGAUGACAUUGUGAGAGGGGACCCUGAGCUGCAGGCCUGGUGUCGGGAGAUCACUGAGGUGGGGCUGUGCCAGGCUCAGGACCGAGGUUUCCCUGUCUCCUUUAGUCUUUGUCACCUCUGUCACUUCCUUACCAUGUACAUCUUAACAUGCAUUGCCCAGCAUGCAGCCAUCAGUCAGGGCCAGGUACAGUGGUAUGCCUGGAUUCCUAAAAUCCCAGGCUCAAUGAGGAUGCACCCAUCCACCAUCAAGGAAGAUGAGACAAAAGCCACAGUAAUGGGGUCAUUACCUAAUGUCUGGCAGACUUGUUUUCAGAUGGCCAGCACAGGGCUCCUGAGCUGGAGGCCACCAGACAUGGUGUCCCUGGGUCAUCACAAAGUAGGGUAUUUUUCAGGCCCUGAGCCAAAAGCUGUGCUAGGGAGAUUUCAAACAGAACUAGACAGACUGGAGAGGGAAAUUGUGGCCCAAAAUGAGAAGCUAGACUUUCCCUAUGAAUACCUGAAGCCAAGUUGCAUAGAAAAUUAUUCCAGUAUCAUAUAUUCAGAAACCUAUCCUUCCCCACUAAUCUCCAAUGCUGACACAAGUCGUCAUAUUUGA